CAGGCUAGACUCGAUCAGUCAACACCUCCGCUGACUGAUGGUGAAGGCCUGCGAGCCCCCAGCCUGCCGGCCGACCAUCUCGGGGUUCAAUCCCUGCCAGCUCCGCCAGGACCUCCAGGGGACGGCACCUUCACGAAUAGCAAGGCGUCCUGUCCUGCACGCUCGCUAGCGGCGGGCUCGUUCGCAGGAACGAUUGCUGGCGACGCCCAAUCCUACCCAGACCGCGAUGCUAUUUCCACAUGUCGACUGGCAACGCUCGCAGUGCUUAAAUGCAGCCAAGGCCUGUCCCGUGUUGCGACGGUCGCUUGAGCAAUGGUGACUGACGGUCGCAUCCGAGUUUCUCCAAGACUGAAACGUCUCAAUCACGACCAUGUUCUUCGAUAGUCCAAAGUUCACCGUCGACACCGACCCGGCUCCGCUGCCACUCCGCAAGCCGCGCAGGCCAUUCUCCCCUAAGGUCAAGACGGGCUGCUUGCGCUGCAAAACCAGAAAAGUCAAGUGCCCAGAGGAAAAGCCCCAAUGCAGCCGCUGCGUCCGGAUGGGCCUGUCGGAUUGCCAGUAUCCGCUGCUGUCGCAACCGAGAGAACUCCCACCUCAGCCAGUGAGGCAGGCUCAUCGCGUCCUGCCGCCGCUCGCCGCCUACGCACUCGCGAGGGCACCGUCCACUGCCUACUUUGGCCCAGCCAUAGCACGACUCAGCCCACCCCAGGUAGCAUACCUCGAUCGCUUUCGCCAUAAGGUGAUGCUUCGGAUCACAUCGCUCACUUUCAACGACUUCUGGGGCCGCGUGAUCCUCCACGAGACUCUGAACGAUGAUUGUGUCCUCGAGGCUGUGCUCAGCCUGGGGGCCCUCGACCUGGCAUGGGAUCAAGCGAACACGACGGGCAAGCCAACAAGCCCGCAUGCAGAGAAUGGGAGCCAACUUAGUCUCCAGUCGUCUUCGUCAGCAUGCUAUCGGGAGGCCAUCCGGCACUACUCUCGAUCCGUUACCAGGCUUCAUAGCAGACUGAGGGCUCUGGCGGAAUCGUCGUCGUCGCAGUCGUCAUCGCAUGGAGAGCAUGCAUCCGACAAUGUGCAGGAGCUGGUGCCGAUAUUGACAAUGCUGUACGCCUUGUUUGAGUGGCUACAUGGCGACGAAGUUGCCCAAGAUCGACUUCUGAGGAAUGGGUUGCUUAUGGUCAAGGCCCAGGAGGCUUUGGGAUCCAAGACGGACGAAGCAAGCGAGCAUCAAGACUUGGCUCAGCCGUUGGUCUACCCCUGGGAACCGACUGGGCUGGGUGGCGGUGAUUUCUUCAACCGUGCUGAAGAUGCAGGUUCUCUGAUGAUACGUUGGAUCGUUCUGAGCUGGCUGCUGUGGCCAGGCGCCUCGACAUCCGCAGCAGCAGUGGUGAGAUACUACAACCGCAAAAUAGCAAAUGGCGAGGCACAGCUCGACAUAGCAUCGCCGCCACCACCACCAACGAGCCUAGCCGAGAGCAGCUACGAGACUGUUUGCGGGAUGGCGCUGAAGGUGGUGACGUUUGUUACGCUGUGGUUUGCUCGGCUCCGCGUCGACGGCGCCGAUGAAGCAACCAUGGCUGCUGUCGCUGGGGAAGAAGGACCAGUUCUCGACCGACUCCGAGUGGAACAGCGCGCGCUCGAAACAUGGGUGCGGGACUGGGCCGCUGUCUUGUCGGCAAAGUUGGCGACAGAGAGAGAUCCUAUAGGCAAGGUACUGCUGACAGAGUUCCUGUUUGGGUGCAAAACCCUGACGUUCAUGAUCCAAGUUGGAUUGCCGUUUCCUGUGGCAGACCCCUUGUCAUCACCGGGGAGCAAGCAGCAGCCCGAGCGACAGGGACAGGACCUCGAGACGAGAAGUACCCGCACAGCCCACGCCGUCAUGGACGAGGUCGAGAAGCGUGUCCGUGCCAGACGCGCGCUGGGCGAGGUUGGGCUGGGCGAGUGCAGCCCAGGAGCACUUGCGCUGGUCUGUCGAGAGUGCCGGGACAUUGGAGUGCGGGCGCGGGCGCUGACCAUCUGCCGUUGGGGCGCCCAGGCGAAUGCGCUGUGGGAUGAAAAAGGCAGCAUGAUCGGGACAUGCGCGCUAGCGGCGCUCGAGGAGAGAUCGCGAGAUCCCACCACAGGGUUGGUCCCACGGUCAUCGCAGUGGCAAUGGAUUCACGCGGAGUGGACUAGUGACCACGAGUGCCUUGCUGUCACAUUCAGGUCGGUCACUCGGGACGAGGCGGGCGAGUUCCGGUACAAGAGGAUGCAGUUGCUGGCCGCCAACUUUGGCUACGUGACAAGGUUAGAAAUGUGAAUCAAAGAGUGAAAGCCACUUGCCCGCAGGAUCUGCAAAGCGAAUGUGUGAGUCGUGUCCAGGUCUGCAGAGGAGCAAGUGAGUAUUUGGAGACCGGCGUCAAGCAGGAAGGUCUGUCGUUUGGGGAU